UACAACAAAUCUUGUCCUUAAGAGAGUAAUAUUAAAUAGUUUUUGAGGGUGAUGAUAUAUAGUGUGAAUUUGGUGAUUCGCCAUCCACAGUGGGUCAAUACUGCGUGCGCAUUCCAUCCUUGUGCGAUUGCGAAGAGCAGUAUGGACCAGAAGUAGAGAUUCAUAAAGCCGUUAUAAAAAGCAUUGACUACUUCUGACGUCAAUUAUCAAAACAAUAAAAAAUGGGAACGAAAUUUGCUGCAUAUACUCUGAAGCUGACAUGCUUGCACGAGUAUUACCAAAGACUUUUAUAUGGAAGUUUACCUAUUCCAAGUGGGUUUGAUAUGGCAAAUACAAUUAAAUUUUUCUCACAAACACUCUUAGGCCUAUUAAAAGAAGUACGGGAUUCACCUCUAGAAAUGAUGCAAUCACAAGCUCUUGAUAAUGAGAGAAUGGCAAUGUAUCCCAGUCUAGAUUACAAACAGCUCUAUAACGCCUUAACGCAGUUAAUGGAUGUUGUUCCUUUGGUACACAUUGGAUUACAUGCAUUUGGGCAAGCUAUAUUACAGUGUCUCGCUUGUCUAUUACCAUUUUUGGAAAAUGACUUGAUUGAUAAUGUACCAUAUUUGACUGCGAGUGCUGUUGCUGUCUUUCCAGUUGAAUUACAUCAAGAAAUCAUCAAUUAUCUUUGUUAUUACAUUCUUCCUUUCACACUUACAAGAAAAACUGAAGAUGGUUCAGAGAACUAUGCAAGUCAGUCCGUAUCAACAGUAAUCAUGAUGGUUCUACAAUAUUCCAAUAAUUCUGCUCAUCACUGUCAGAUUCUUGAAUGUGUAAUGACAUUUAAACGAGAAAUAAUAAAAGACAUUUUAUGUGUCGUUGCAUAUGGCACAUCAUAUGCAAGAAUAUCUGCGGCUAAAUUACUGAUAUAUUACUGGCCUACUGUUAAUCAAAACUUAUUUGAUCGCCGCGCACUAUUAUUAAAAUAUGCAGAUGAUUUAGAACCUUUUGCCUGUCAAAGAGAUUUGUGUCCAAAUGCAGGCAGUGUGGAGGCAGGAAAAGUCUGCUACGAUCAUCGUACAUCUAUUACGUUUGCAAACGAAUCACCACCACCAUUAUAUCUUUGCAUCGAAUGUGCUAAUGAAAUACAUCGUGAACACUCAAAUUUAAUAUUCCAUGAUGUAUUACAUCGCAUGCAACAAGUGUCUACUACAUGUGAAAAUAAAAACUGCAGAGCAAAUGAUAAAUCAGCUAUAAGCGUGUGUUUUUCUACAGAAUGUGCAAGUUAUAAUGGAAAUCAUCCAAUACGAUAUUGUGUACAAUGUCACAAUAUUCGACAUAAUAAUAGAAGGGGCAAUGAUCAUAUUUAUCAUACAGCAUUACCUCAAAUUUCAAAAAUGGAUCGUCAAACACAGACUUAUAUGGUACAAGCAAUAAUUAGUUUGCUUAAAGAAUCUGAGCCAUGCAGUGCAGAUAGUAAUAAAGAUAAUUCAGACUUUAGUAACAGUAAAUCUAACGUGAUAUUUUCAGGAGUAUCAGUAACUCCUCAGUUACUUUUACAGGAUAAAAUAACGUUAGAAGAUUGA